AUGCACUUCGCCUUCCCCGCUGCGGGAAAAAAAACAGGGAACGCUCCGGGAGAACCGGACACCGGCUGUACCAACCCUCCUCCCCGGCACAUCUGGCGCCAAACCGGCUUUUUUUGGGGUCGCUGUUACCGCUCGAGGCGACCCGCGUACCUUGUCGUAGACAAGCUGGUGGGUAGUUUAGGAGGUGGCUGCGCGAAGGGGAGCUGCUCCCCGGCUCAAAGGGGGCUGAGUGGGAAAGACCUGAGCGUUGCAAGAUUAUGGGUUUUGCUGCUGGGCAGUGGCUUCAGCUUUGAGGCCAGCGGGGUAGCGCUGCUUGAGAUGAGGGAUCCCCGGAUUGCUCCUGGUGACCUCUCCAAAAUGAGUUUUGCCAGUGUUGGGUCUGCACCCAAAACCUCGCACUGGUACUGCGGCAAAAUGAACAGCUCAUGGAGAAUGAGCAAAUUCCUUGCCGGAAUGACAGCCAGGGAGAGGAUCCCACAAGGACAAGGUUGCUGUGGCCGCAUCCGGGUUCAGGACCCCUCCUGGGACAAGGAGGAGCCUCAGGCUGCAGAGGAGGGGAGAGCUGCCAACAUGUGGAGCUCACCAGGGUCCAUCUUGGCAUUUGUGAUGUUGGUUGUUAUCGCCGUGCACGCCGGAGUGAAGGUGACCCCAGCUGUGAAGUACACAAAGACAAAGCCCUUACAGCUGGUGGGCAACGGUGCCUCUCGCACCCCCCUCACCCCUCUCACGGGGAAAAGCCCGUUUGCGGCAGCGCCAGGCAGAGCCAAGUUACCCACCCCAAGCCCUGCGACCCAAGGGGCCACCACGCUCUUCCCCUUCGAGAACUACACACUUGACACAGCCGAUUUCUUCUUCAACUGCUGUGACUGCUGCCCGCCUGCCGCGGGGCCCUGGGGGCAGUUGGGAGAGCAGGGACCCCCAGGUCCCAAGGGGGAGAAAGGAGAUGCUGGUCUGCAAGGUCUGCCAGGAGCCCCAGGUCCUCAAGGUCCAAAAGGUUCUAAAGGAGAAAGAGGAGGCAAAGGGGAGCAAGGCGAGCGAGGAAUAAGUGGAAACCCCGGUUAUCCAGGCAAACCUGGGCUGCAAGGUGAAGCUGGAGUAAAAGGCAAUAAGGGCAACUAUGGCUUCCCUGGACUGAAGGGACAAAAAGGGUCCAAAGGGGACACUUGUGAGAACGGGACCAAAGGAGAAAAGGGAGAUAGGGGGGAUGCUGGAGACCCAGGAGUGGAUGGAGAACAGGGUGACAAAGGGGAAAAGGGAGACACAGGGGAGAAGGGGUACUGCGGGGAGCCAGGGGGAAGAGGUGCGAAGGGAGAAAGAGGGGAAGGGGGGACAAAGGGAGAAAAAGGGAGCAAAGGGGAGAUGGGGGUUGAGGGUAUUCAGGGGGUGGAUGGAAAACAGGGAGAAAAGGGCGAGCAAGGAAGUAAGGGUGAAAAAGGGGACCUGGGACCUGCCGGCAUGACAGGACCUUCUGGGCCCAAGGGGGCCGCUGGCAGCAAGGGGGGCCGAGGGGCUCCGGGAAAGAAAGGCUCCCGUGGGGCAAAGGGUGCCCGAGGGGACACGGCAAAGCUCCUGCGAUCAGCGUUCAGUGCCGGCUUGUCCAAGCCCUUCCCUCCACCCAACGUCCCCAUUAGAUUUGACAAGAUAUUGUACAACGACCAAGAAGAUUACAACCCUUCCACUGGGAAAUUCAACUGCAGCGUGCCCGGGGCAUACGUCUUCGCUUACCACCUGACGGUGAGAGGGCGUCCAGCCCGCGUCAGCCUCGUUGCCCGCAGCAGGAAGGUGGCCAAAGCCCGUGAGACGCUCUACGGCCAGGAGAUCGACCAGGCAUCCUUCCUGACGGUCCUGAAGCUGAGUGCAGGCGACCAGGUGUGGCUGGAGGUUGCACGAGACUGGAACGGGGUCUAUGUCAGUGCUGAAGACGACAGCAUCUUUACGGGGUUUCUUCUGUAUCCAGAUGUUUUUGAGAUCCUGCUAUAG